AUGGACACACCCACUUGCAGGGCGUUCAGUUCAGAACUACAAAUGAGUGCUGUUGGCCACAUUUCCCACAUUUUCAACAGAGACUCAACAAACCAAAGCAAUUACGUGAUAAGAAUGGCAAAGUCUCUGUUCUAUAUUUCCAUAGAUUUCGGCACAGCAUAUAGUGGCUACUCUGUGAAAUGUACUGUCCCUGGUGUGGCUGGGCGUUUUAGAGGUGUUAUGUGGGGGGGUAAAUAUGGGAUUAACACCUGUAAGACACCAUCAUGCAUUUUAUUUGAUGAGAAGAAGGAGUUUUUAGAUUUUGGUUAUGGUGCCAAGAAGAAGUUCUUACAAGACAAAACAGGCUAUUUCUUUGAAAACUUCAAAAUGGAUCUAUACAAAAACCCAAACAUCCAGAGGAAUUUGGAAAUAUCUGCUGUCAAUGGGGGCACAAUGAAAGCUAUAACUGUCAUCUCUGAAAGUCUACGAUAUCUAAAGGACGAUGCGCUCCAGAAGAUCAAGAAUUUCUCUAAAGCUAUUAUCGUGCAGGAGUCUGACAUCACCUGGGUGUUAACAGUGCCUGCAAUCUGGGAUGACGCAGCUAAGCAGUUCAUGAGGGAAGCAGCGAAACAAGCCGGACUUGUGACAGACGCAGAACCUGACAAACUCAUCAUGGCCCUGGAGCCAGAGGCUGCUGCAUUGUACUGCAAACAGCUCCCUAGUGAUGGCUUUCAAAUGGCGGGGGGAAAGGAAGCCAGACUGGAACAAAAGCCUAAAACACAGUUCAUGACAGUAGACUGUGGAGGUGGAACCAUUGACAUCACAGUUCAUGAAGUGCUUGAAGGUGGCUUUCUCAAGCAGGUGGACCAAGCAUCAGGGAAUGGACUAGGAGGUCAGAACGUAGACAAAGAAUUUAAAUCAUUACUUCAAGGAAUAUGUGGGAAUGAAUGCUGGGAAGAGUAUGUAAAACAUCAUACAGAUGAAUUGCAAGACCUUAUGUACAAAUUUGCCUCAGCCAAAUGUGGUGAAGAGAAUGAGGGCUUCAAAUUUUCUUGCCCAUAUAAUUUAUCCGAGACUGUAAAAAAAUGCAGAAAAGUAGAAGUAAAAACCUUAUUGCAGGAGAUGCAUGGUGUGAGCUGGAAAAACGGCCACAUUGUAAUCUCACCUGAAAGAUUCAGAUCUUUUUUUGAUAAAAGUUUUAGUAGCACAUGUGAGCUUCUGAAUGAAAUUAUGAGGAAGCCAGGGCUGGCUAUUCAAUACAUGUUGUUGGUGGGGGGAUAUGCCUUGAGCAAUGUCUUGCAGGACUGUGUAAAAAAGGAGUUUGGCAAUGACUGCACAAUCCUCUGUCCACAUCAUCCUCAGGAAGCAGUAAUGGUUGGUGCUGCAGAAUUCGGAAGUCAGCCGCAGAUUGUUAAGGCGCGAAUUUGUCCCCUUACAUAUGGCGUAGGCGUUGCUCAUCCUUUUGAUGAGUCAAAGCAUAAACCUGAAAAGAAAUUUGUUGCUGCUGAUGGAGAAACGUACUGUUACGAUCUGUUUCACAGACUGGUGAAGAGGGGAGAGACUGUUGAUUUUCAUGAAAUCAGAAAUUACACAUUCUACCCAGUAAGGAGUGACCAAACAGAAGUGAUAUUCCCAUUCUACAGCACAACAAGAGAAAAUUCUGAAUAUGUUGAUGAUUGGGGAAUUACAAAAAUAGAUUCCAUUGUGCUUCCUACGCCCAUUACCCAGGGAGAUCGCAAAAUCAAUGUUGAGGUCAAGUUUGGAUGUACUGAGAUCACAGCAACAGCUGUAAAUUCUGUACACACAAGGAGACUUACCAUUAACUUUAUGAGGGAGUGAUGGUAUCUACCAGUAUGAUAUCAAGAUCCUUACAGUUAAGUUCAUAUUUAUUCUUUGUUGUUCUUUGUAUUUGUGUUUUCUGUUGUUUAACUAUUGUCGAGGGAAAUUAAGGUCAAAUUUGGAUAAAUCGAGUUCAAUUUGAUGAAUGCACUCUGUUUUGUGUUAUGAGGGAUCGCAGUAAGAAAACACAAGCAUCUUAACUAUUGCGUAGAAACAAAGAUAAAUAAUCUGUACAUGGCUUUGGAAAUAAAUGAGCCUCAUUUGAUUGAGCAAAAAGCUCAGAAGCCAGCAAUCUUUCUGGACUCAAAAUGGAAAUGUUAUUUACAACUAAAAUACUGUAAUGGCUGAUAAUCUACGACUUAAAGACUUAUAAGCGUGUAGGUCCAUAUUGACUACAGCAAAAGACAAAUUAUCAUGUUGAUACAUUUGUUUCUGGCUCAAUUUUACAUUUCUGGCCUUAAGCGUGACAUGAAUGCCCUAUGGUGUGACAUGUUUUAAAUACACAAAUAUUAGAUUGAGCUUAACAAUUUGUUUGAUUAACACUGAAUAUUGCAUUAGGGGACAGCAAAUUAUCAUCCCUGAAAUGUUAGUAUAAAUUCAGAAAAAUUUGAACAAUUAAAAAGAGAUAUCCCUGUGUUUCCCUGAAGGUUCCUAUUAAGCUCUCGCCUCUAAUGGGGAAAAAAUACUUAAACGUUCAUUUCUCAUUAAAUUAAGACUUUAAAAUAAUACACUAAAUAUAAAGAAUUUAACAAUGAUAAAACUCCCUCAAGCGAUUUCUACGUUAAUUAUUAGUAUAUAUAUUUCUUAACGUCACACCAAAGGACAUAUUUACAGUAAGGUGUUGUAUCAAUGUAAAUCAAUAAUCAAUUAAUAGACCAACAUAGUGACCACUUGGAUUUUUUGCCACACUACAUAUACUUUUUUGUCUCAUAAACAAUGUUUUGUGAAAAAAUAGUUUUUUGUUGCCUAUCUGUCAACUACCCUUACGUGUAAAUAUGGCAUGGGAAUAAAAAAAUAAAACCACCAAUGUGACAGGUGCGUUUUAGCUCCCCAAGAAGGAUAUUUUGUAAUGUUUUUUUUCAAGGAAAUUAAGCUUCAAUCCCUUCCUCCCUCCAUCAAUGAUGUGCCCUUGAGCAAGUCACUUAAUCCCACACUGCUCCAGGGACUGUAACCAAUAUAAUACCCUGUAAAUAACUGUAAACUGCUUUGGAUGACAGUGUCAGCUAUAUGUGAUGUAAUAUAAUAUUAUACAGUCUAUGCUACUAUUUAAAUGUUUGCUUUUGAGAUGGUAUUUUAAUAUUUCCUUUACUUCUUCUGUUUACCAUAAUAAAGGGUACUUUAUCAUCUACAUCUGUCAUGCAGUCGUUGGGGAAUGCGCAAUACAUGAAAUGUCACUGUAACGCCAACAUAAGUUCUUCCAGUGAAUGUAAUAACACACCAAUGCAACAAAAAUUAACUCUAUAGUAGCAGUAGCAACAACUAGAUCAAUGUAGCCUAUAAUUUCUGUCAGUUCUUCUGUAUCUUCUUCCAGUAGGCCUAUGUAGUAAUAAAUAGCUAGGCUAAUAUACAUAUAAAAUAUAUAUAUAUAUAUAAUCACUGAUUCUUGAGAAAGUCGCUAAAACAGGUUGUAAUCUUGAAAGAAAAAAACAAAGAGAAUUACAAAAUAAUAUGGUAUAUCCUCGUAGACAAAGGUCUUGGCUUUUCAGAAAUGCACAAGGCCAAUCUCCCCAUUUUGAAUUUUUUUCAGAAAUCAGGUUUUUCUCCGAUCAUACCUUGUUUUUUGUCAACACCGUCAGACACAAUUAAAAGCAAUAAAAAGUAUAUUGAUUUGGUUGCAUAUGUAUCUGGAGUUUUUAAGUGAUUGUGUAUGUUUUUUUGGUUCACACAUACGCCUUUAAAUGUUGAAAAUUCACUUUCAUUCUAUUUUAAUACCGUUUCAUGUGUUCUAAUUUAAAAAUAUGUGCUGUCAGACAAUGCUUACUUAAUGCCUAAAUAGACCAAACAAUUUGUUGUAAUUUCAUAAAUAUUCAUGUAGGCUUAAAUUUGCUAUUACUUUGAUAAUUCAACAACUCCAAAGGAUUAUUACCUACAUUUAGCAAAAUAAAUAGCCCUCUCAAGUCAAUGACAUCUAGCAUAAACACUUUAUUUUUGUGUGUGCACAGUAUGUUUGUGCGUGUGUUUUUUCUUCAUUUGUUAGAUACUUUAGGAAGUAGGCCUCGAUUAUUGAAAAUGUGGCAUAAACAGGUUUUAAGUUGUUCAAAUCCAAAAUAUAGAGGUGUGUUAUCAUAGAUGAAGGUCUUGGCUGUGCAGUGAAUGUAUUGGCCAAGCUCCCCAUGUUUUACAUUUUUCAUAAAAUGGGCUCCUUCUUGGUUUUCUCAACCGUGUCAGACAGAAUUAGAAGCAAAAAAAUAUGUUUACUGUAUUUAAGUGAAUUACUUUUACAAUUCAACAUAAUUGUAGAUACUUAUUGGAAGCAUGUUCUUAAAACUUGUCAAAAACAUGUAAAACACAUGCUUUUUUUGUGAACUACAUCCGAUGUCAGGUUUUGUGACAAAAAACCCUCCAAAUGCACCUCAAUGGAGGCUAGAGUAUAAGUUUAGGUCACAAUUAUUACUAACAUGUCUGGUAAUGUUUCAUUAACCAGCACAAUUUAGUAAAAAAUGGAACAAGAUGAUGAGCGGAACAAAAUCUGAUGGUGUAAGACAAAAAAACACUCUUUUACAUAUUAUGCAUUUUUUGCUCACAUUAGCCACUUCGUUUUCGCUCUGUUUCUUAAGGGCUUCGUGCCGCUUCUGAAAAAGUAUAUAUAAUUAACAUUAAUGUAACAAAAUACUAUUAAAACCCGCGACGGUGUUGACAGUUUAUGAUUGGGACAGUACCAGUGUCCAAACAAAUUAACAAAUUCAGGAGAAAAUAGUAAACGUACAGGAGAUUCAGUGAUGGUGAAGUAUUCAGUAGAGCUAAAGGUUUGAAAAGGGGUCCUAAGUAAUGACAAUGACCUUGUGCAUACCUGAUUUUAUUGUCUUUUUUAAAAAAAACUGACGAUGGUGACUAAUAUGCUGGACACACUUUGAGCAAUCAGAAAAUAGUAGUAAAUAUUGCUUUACACGCUAUGUGCAUAUCUGCAGAACCACUUCAAUAUGGACUUUCACAUCAUGGUGAUAUUAUUGAAUAAUAUCAGUGAUUUUUACAUUUUAAGUCAAUUGAAAUGAUGAUGUCUGUCCUUGGGACAGCUGUUUUU